AUGGUGCCCCAUUUCAUUGGUCGACAACAAGAAUGUGAAGAUAUCUUGCGUGUGUUGACGUCUACAUCUCCUCGGCUAGUCUCUGUAUCUGGACCCCCUGGUUUUGGAAAAACCUCAUUGGCUAUUUCAGUAGGACACCAACUUAGACAGCUCGGUUUACCAGUUUAUUUCCUUUCAUUAAGAAGCGUCAAGACAGCGGAAGAGUUGAUAUCUGAGCUCCUAAACCCAUUUCCACAUGCGUCGUCUGAUAUAACGGGGCGAGAGCGUUCAAAACUAUGCGGACUCCUUAGUUCAAUACCUUCCAAUAUUUGCAUCAUCCUCGAUAACGCCGAUAACCUUUUUGAGAGUGGUGGUGAAACGAGCCGAGAUGCUUCAGACCUACUGGAAAAGAUAUUUUCUCAUUGCAAUAAUGUGUCCUUUCUAUUGACCACAAGGACGAAUCUUCAAUCGGUGCUGGGAAGAAAAUUUGCUGGUCACACUUCUGUCGGUGUUGCAUCGCUAGAGAGAAAAUCGGCGCAAACGCUUGUUCAAGAACUUGUCCCUUCUGCUGAUGAAAAUGAAUGUUGCAGAGUGACUGAGCUUUGUGGAGACGUUCCACUGGCCAUCAUGCUUUUGUGCGGUCAAAUCGUUGACGAGAAGAAGAGUGCAUCACAAUUCCUUGACAACUUUAGCAGUUCUUCAAAAACGGUAAUAGAGUUGUUGGAUGAUCCAGAUGCGCCUAAUGAUCAGAGUUUAAAGGUCUUGUUCGAGUCUUAUUUCAGAAGACUGUCUCGAGAAGAGCAAGAAGCAUUUGUUUGUCUUUCAGUUUUCGUCAGUGAAGUGUUCGACGAGCAAGCUGCAAUAAACGUUAUUGGAGGAGAUCAGGACACAGCAAAGAAAACUUUGUUGAGGCUCAAGAAAAAAUAUUUGGUUGAAGCAAAUUCCUCCGAAGUAGUGUUGUUUUCUUUUCACCCUCUUGUCAGGUCAUUUGGUUCCGAAAAAGCGGCUGACAUGAAAGAAAUUGCUUGCGAAGCACAAAGGCGAUUCCUGAGUUAUUACGUCAAGUUGUUUGAAGAUUUAAAUAACCAGUUUCUCGCUGGGGAUUCUCUCCUCGCAUUUCACGAUUUCGAAUUGAACAAAGAAAAUUUGGUGCAUAGUCUCUCCGAAGGUAUUCAAAACGAGGCUGUCUGCGACGCAAUAUUCGAUGUUCUUUCCGAUGCGGAUCUGUUUUUGGACACCGUUUGCUACUUCGAGCGUGGCUGGAUGUUUUACAAAAUUUAUAAUUUCGCAAUAGCCAAGGCAAAAGAGCAGCGUAAAUUUAAAACAGUCCACCAACUGCUUAUUGCUAAAGCUUUUUCCGAAAUAAUCUGGUAUGAUGGAGCUACAUUGGCUUUACUAAAAGAAGCCGAAGAUAUAGAGAAGCAAAAUCCUCUCCUUACUUCAGAAGUUGCCAUUGGAAAACGAAUUUGUUACUAUGGGAUUCACUUGCUAAUACAUAGAGCGGCGGCAAAAGGAGGCAAAAUUCUUGAAACAGGGAUAUCUCUGUUGAGUUCCGAAAAUACUGUACUUAAGGUUUUAAGCUCCCAGAUUCUUGCUUUGAUUGCUGCUAAGAGAGAAAACUCUUCUUAUUACCAGAACAUUGUUUUUACUGAAUGCGCUAACAGACCAUCCUUGUAUGCUUUCUUCAAAGCUAUACAAGAAGCCGAUUGCGCUGACGAAAAAGAGAAUGAAAACGCGAAAGCUUUAAGUCAACCACUAAUUUUGGCGCUUGCUCUUCUCAUCAACUUUAUUGCGGAUUGCUACGGCAUGAAGGAAGUAAUGUAUAAACUUGGUUUGCCUGUCUCAAAGUUACGGAAAGAAGUCGAAGCCAUGGCACAGAACGACCGUCUAUACCGUCCACUACUCUUACUCGUUGAAAACGCCGUGGAAAGGGUCAAAAUAAAGCAAGAGAGUCCAACAGCGCUGCAACUCGCUCUUGAUAAUUUUAUAGAAGAAAACGGUCGGCUAAGCCCGGAUACAGCCGUAAAGUACUAUUACAUUGGAACAACUCUAUACAGACAGAGGAAUUAUGACGCUUCUUUGAGAUCUCAUUAUGAAGCACUGGACAUCAGGUUGAAGCUUUAUGGGCACAACUUAGACACCGCUGAGAGCUAUCAUGAGAUUGGACACACCCAAUUUGCGAAAAAAGAUUACAAGUCAGCACUGAAAUCGUUCGAGAAAGCGCUUGAUAUCAGACAAAAUAUUCACGGGAAAAUCCACCGAGACGUUUCCCGCGCUUGUUAUUCCAUUGGAGCGACAAAGUAUUACUUGAAAGAGUACGAUUCAGCUGUGCAUUGGUACCAGCAAUCCCUGGAUAUCAGAGUGGCACUCUAUGGAAAAGAAGACCCAAUGUCCGCUGAAAGCUACCACUCGAUUGCCGUGUGUCAGUAUGAAAUGCAAGAUUAUAAUUCUGCUCUGGAGUCAUGUCAACAGGCGCUUGAUAUUAAGUUAAAGCUAUUUGAACAGCAGAGCGAAGAUACAAGCGACAGUUAUCACCUAAUGAAAUUGAUACGUAGUCGAUAG